AUGAAAGUAGUCCUUUGCGACCCUCGGGUUAAAGAAGUCCCACUGAUUAAUCUGCAUUUUUUGGUACACGUGGCUUCCUCUUGCAGUUACGCCGACCCGAGUGCUACCGGCCGCGAAGUUGGCUUCAACCUGCUCCCGGUGCCUGGUUCCCCUUUUUUCCGAGUCCCGCGCCAUCCCCGUCCCUACCAGCUCUCUUCUUCUGGCCCCUGCCCGCAACCUCAGGUAAUGAGGCCAUCACCAGCCUCUGAUUUGCGUCUCCCAUGGAUUUUGGAGCUGCUUACAACUGGGGCUACCAUGCAUCGAUGGGAUUCAGGCAUGUAUGAUUGGCGCUCCACUGCCAUAGUUACUGUAGCCUCAGAGGCCCUAUUUAUACUGAAGAGGAACUGUGCAGACGGAUCCACUUUAGGUUCGUUUACAAAUAGGCUUUAA